AUGUCUCCUUUACUUUUUGUGUUAGGUAUUGAGUACCUAAGUAGAAUUCUUAUCAAGGUGGGGAAGAAAGUGGAGUUUUAUUUUCAUGAAAGAUGUGGUGAAUUGAAGCUUAAUCAUCUUAGCUUCGCGGAUGAUAUUCUAUUAUUCUGCAAGGGUGACUUCAAGAGUGUGUAUUUCCUAAUGCAAGGCCUUUUGCUUUUCUCUCUUACUUCAGGCUUGAAUGUUAAUAAGGAGAAAUCAGCCAUGUAUUGCUCGGGCAUGACAGAUAGAGAAAUCCAAAGAAUUUUGGAUAUGUCUGGUUUUACUAGGCAAAAUGAUCCAUUCAAAUACCUUGGAGUUCCCAUAUGUGCAAGAAAGAUCAAUGCAACCGAUUGCAGUUGUCUACCUCAGAAAAUGGCUGCAAGAAUCAAGGUAUGGGGAACCCGAAACUUGUCUUUUGAUGGUAGACUUGUUCUAGUAAACUCAGUCCUUAUUUCAAUUCAUAUUUACUGGAGCCAAAUGAUGAUACUUCCAAAGAAAGUAAUAAAAGAAAUAGAGGCCAUAUGUAGAAGUUUCUUGUGGACAGGGAAAGACAUGAUGACAGGGGCUGGAUGCAUAUCUUGGGAGAAGAUUUGCACUCCUAAGAGAGAAGGGGGGCUCGGCAUAAUGAAUAUUGCAUUUUGGAACAUAGCAGCCAUGGCUAAGCAUGUUUGGGUUGUAGCUAAUAAGAAAGACAAUCUAUGGGUCAAGUGGGUACAUUGUGUGUACAUCAAACAUCAUGAUUGGUGGGAGUAUAAUGCUCCCACAACCAGCAGCUGGUAUUGGAGGAAAAUGGUGGAAAUAAAGAACAAAAUCAAAUUUGUUUGGAGGAAUGAGGUCUGGAAUAGACUAAAUUCUCCUAAACAUAGCUUCUUGAUGUGGUUGGCUGUCCAAAACAGAUUGCUUAAAGAUGAUCAAAGAUUGGCUGAAUUGGAGAGUGCAUGCCGACUCCUUGCUUGGGUUGCUGAAGGGUAUCCGGAAGUCCAAGGUCUCCAAAUUCUGCAAAGGCGUUAA